AUGGCAGUAACGGACGCAGUACCCGUCAAUUCGACGGACCAGUAUGAGAAGGGCGAUACAACCUCUACGUCCCCAGCACAUUCCUCAGGCAACAACACUGAUAUUGAGAAAUCUGGCGACGAUAUUGAGCCGGUCACCACCGCCGCCGAGGAAGAAGAUCCUCAUCCAGUCAAGGGAUUCAAGUGGUGGCUGCUUCUUGUGGCCAUCUACAGCACAACUUUCCUCUACGGAUUGGACAACACUAUCGUUGCCGAUGUGCAAGGUUCUGUGGUAGAGAGAUUUGGCCAAGUUGCGAAGCUGAGCUGGAUAGGAACUGGCUUUCCUCUUGGAUCCGUCGCGGUCAUUAUGCCAUUUGGCUUUGCUUUUGGAACCUUCAACAAUAAGUGGGUGUAUAUCAUGAGCCUGGUCAUCUUUUCUACUGGAAGUGCUAUUUGCGGUGGAGCUCCAAAUAUGGACGCCUUGAUUGUCGGACGUGUUAUUGCAGGCGCUGGCGGCGCUGGACAAUAUUUAGGAGUGCUCAAUCUAAUCACCCGGUUCACCACGAUGCAAGAGCGGUCUCACUACAUGGGGAUGACUGGGUUGACAUGGGGAGCCGGUACAAUCUUGGGUCCUGUCAUCGGCGGCGCGUUUGCCGACUCCUCGGCGACCUGGCGCUGGGCUUUCUAUCUCAAUCUCGUCAUCUAUGGGGUUUUCUCGCCUAUCUAUUUUCUCUGGCUGCCUUCUAUCCCCGUCAUCCCUGAGAAGUCCUUUAUAAGAAAGUUCCUCGCAAUGGACUGGGUGGGUAUCACCUUGAACGCUGGGAUCUAUCUCACAUGGGUAAUGGCUUUGACAUUCGGCGGCUCUACGUACGCCUGGAAUGCAGGACAAGAAAUCGCCCUCUGGGUUGUAUUCGGUGUUUUGUUAAUUGCCUUUUGCCUCCAGCAAUAUUUCCUGGUCUUCACCAGCACCAAGCAACGAAUCUUCCCUGGGCAUUUUCUCAAGCGCCGGACCUUGGUUCUUUGUUUCAUUGCUACAAACUGCGCCGCAACAUCAUUUUUCGUCAUCGUAUAUUAUCUGCCUAUUUAUUUUGAGUUUGUGCAUAGUGAUGGUGGCUUAAAGUCGGCGGUUCGCCUCCUGCCUGUUGUCAGUACUUUUGUCUUUUGGUGCAUUGCCUCGGGCACAGCAAUGCCGUACGUGGGAUACUAUUUCCCCUGGUAUGUCGUCUCGGGCAUUCUGAUCGCAGUUGGUGGAGGUUUGAUGUAUACGGUGGAUAUCAGCACUGCCACCUCUGCGAUCUAUGGGUAUUCCGUUCUUAUAGGCUGUGGAGGUGGUGCCAUCAUGCAAGCUGCCUAUUCAAUUGGACCCGCAAAAGUUAUUCCGGUGUGGGAGGAUAUUCCUCCUGUUAUUGGAUUCAUUAACGUUGGGCAAAUUGGUGGUAUCAUGCAUUCACUUGCUAUUUCUGGAGCGGUUUUUCAAAACUAUGCUUUCAGAUAUGUGAGCGAAGCACUUGCAGAUCUUCAUCUCACUACUGGACAAAUCCAGUCUGCCAUUGCGGGGACAGACAGCACUGUACUGCAAAGUCUUGAUCCUGCCCAACAAGCUUUGGCGACCCAGGCCAUUGUUCAUGCCAUGCAGAAGGUAUACAUCUUGAUCCUGGUGGCGGGAGCAGUUUGUUUUACUUGCGGUGUCUUGAUGCGACGUGAGCGAUUAUUCAUGGAAAAAGCCGCUGCUGGCUAA